AUGCGUCAUCGAAUCGCGCACCGAAAACUCGGUCGGACGACCGAACAUCGGCUUGCUACGCUUCGGAACCAGGCACAGAUGUUACUGCGUCACGAGCGGAUCGACACGACCCUGGCGAAAGCGAAAGAGUUGCGGCCUUUCGUUGAGAGACUGAUUACAGUGGCCAAGCGUGGGCUCGCGGAUGGCGCCGAUACGACUCGCGCGCUGCAUGCGCGCCGGCUUGUGGCUCGUGAUCUGGCUGACAAGAAGGUGGCCAGCAAGCUGUUCGAUACGAUUGCGCCCAGGUUCGCGGAGAGGCCGGGCGGCUAUACCCGGGUGCUACAUCUCGGACGGCGAAAGAGCGACAGCGCCGAAAUCGCCCAGAUCGAGUUUGUGGGUAGCGAAUUUGAUCCCAGCACCGACAAAUCAGGAAAUGUAGUCGAGGAAAAGACCGCCACGCAGAAGGGGGUCGGGGGGCGGUUGCGUGCGGUGGCCAAACGGAUCGGCAGUCAGACCGACCGAGAAGAAGCGAAGUAG